ACAAAGUUUUCAACUAUUUCAGCUGCCACAUUGGUGACUUUCUGUAUAGUACACUUGCAUUUUGUUUUUCUGACGUGCAGCAUACUGUAUAUCAUGCACAUAUGUUCAUAUAUAUCCAUACUUUGCAAUCAUACUUUGGUUCACACUUCUCUCUUUUCAGAUCAUUACCACAUUUUGUGAGCUGCUGAACUGAGAAGACAAAAACAGAGGAGAUGAAUAACUUCACCACACCUGAAACAUCUACAAACUUCACAACCCAGUCCUUUGGGCUAAUGGACUGUCUGGAAAUCUGUGUGUACAGCAUCAAUUUGUUUUUUAGUCUUCCUACACACUGCUAUGUUAUAUGGCUCAUCAUCACAGGAACAGGAACUGUAGUUGCAUCAGAGUUCUUCAACCUCAAUCUCUGUGUUUGUGAGCUUGGUAUCUGUCUGAAUAGUUUGGUCUUUAUACUAUCAAGGUGGAUUUCAAGUCUUGAGAUAUUAGAUUUGUUUUUAAUAGGACUUACAUUCACUGGUCGUCCUCUGUUUCAGUGUCUGAUGUGUGCUGAGCGUUACUUGGCAGUGGUUCAUCCUGUAACCUUUUUGAAGUUCAAACCUCUCAGAUAUAGAGUGAUCUGCUGCACUGCUAUAUGGAUGAUUAGUCUCGGCUCCUGUUUUGUCUGCAUGUAUAAUUUAGCCUCAAAAUAUUUUAGUGCACAUGGAUGGUUCUUGACCAUGCAGCUUACACUGGUCAUCUCCAUCCAGUUGUUUUGUCUUGUGGCUGUUCUCAGAGCUCUGAAGCAGUCAGGACCAGGAGAGAGAAGAAGAGAGAGAGAAAACCACAUCAAGACAAGAGCAUUUAAUCUAAUUCUCAUAACAACUGUGAACAUGAUUAUCCUAUACUUGCCAUUUGCAAUCACAGGAAUCUCUGUCAUUCUGACAGCAGACAAUUCUCCAACAGUUUGGAUCACUGGUUCGACUUGUUUUAUUCUGGCUGGUUUUGUUCAGCCUGUUCUUUAUCUGCACCGUGUUGGAAAACUCUCCUGCCUCUGUUCAUCAAAAAAUCUUGUAAUAUUUUACCUACUUAAGUUACUAAAUCUACAUAUUGUUACUUGGUAA